CUCAAUUUAUCCUUCCAAAAAAAGAAAAGUGAACUCAAUUUUCCCCAAAUUUCUAAUCUUUAAACAGUUUCAAGAAUUAAAUGCCCAAAUCCCCCAAAUUUGUACUCUUUGCUUCAACAAUUUGAAGAGUAAACAACUCUAAAUCUACUUGAUAAUGAAUAAGAAAGGUAUCUAUUGGGAGAUUUUGGUAUGUGUUGCUUGAGUGAAGGGAAGUAGACAAAGGGAGCUUUUUGAUAAUCUUGAAAAUGGGGUUCAUGAGUGGAAGGAGAAUGUGGGUCAUUUUGGAUAAAGGUUCUUUCUUGUAGUUUAGCGGUCGGGCAUAUACACCAGAAGAUCCAUUUUAUGACCAAGCAAAUCUAGGAACUUGCAGGAGAGGUGGCCCUUCAAAAGGUUGUAUAUGAUUGCGUUAUUGGAGCUGGAUUGUAUUCUUCACUUUCCAAUCCCUUGUUCAACAUAUAUACUUAAUUUACUAGACUUUUAUUGAUCAUCUAUACACGCUUAUGUGUCCUAACUUGUUUGUCAAAGACGCCUAUUGGCUACAGCUACUAUAGAACUUGAUAGACUCUGUAAUUCCUUUUGUAAGCUUAAUGAGUAAAGCACUAUUAUGCUUCGAAAAAGUCACCUAGUUCUAUGUGCCAACUCUUGAAAUAACAUGACUUUCCACUUUGACUACUGUAUAUAUAUAUCUUUCGCAAGCCCUCAGUCCUCGGAGAAGGCCAGAAAUUAAUAUAACAUUUUAAAUUUCAGUAGUUGAUCCUAGGUCUGAAGACAAAAGAGGAUGAGGUAGAAAGUAAGAGGAUGAGCUAACAUCCUUAAGCUAUGUAAGAUGACAUACUUAUGAUCACGCUACCGUUAAUUUGACUUUAUUCCAGUAUUGAGAGAUAAGGUUAAGAAGAGUUGAACAUGUGGAGUUCAUUAGUCUCGUCAUGAUAUUUUCAUAAUACAAAAAUGAAUGGAGUUUGUGGUGAGAAGAGUAAAGUUAAUAGAGUUUUUCUUUCUUUCCUUUUUUCGAAAUUGGCGUUACUAGAGUUUUUCAUGUUAUAAUUACCUGAAAAGUUCUCUCUUUUAGGAAAAUCGGAAGUUGAUGACAUUUCAAUUAAAAGUUGGUAAAUAUGAAUAAGUGUUAAUGCCAUGUCUGCCAAUUUUGGAGACUAACUUGAUUUACCAGCCAUUUUUGUAUGACUUGAAUUAGUGUUUCCAUAUUUGUUUUACAUAUUGAUGCCUGAUGGCUGAUGCUGUUUGCAUAUUAUAGAUUUCUAUCCCCGAGGCCAAGACAUUAUAUAUAUCACCAAUUCACUUGAGUGAGACAGAGGAGAGUGGAAUUUCUUGUGUAGGGGGGUGAAUUCUGGAGAUCUACAAAGGAAUGCCAAAAGCAAAGGCAGCUCUCUGGGCCCCUACUCCCUACCGACGCUGAGGUGCAAAAGCAUGGGGCAAAAACAGGAUUAGAUACCCUGGUAGUCCAUGUUGUAAACAUAUCACAUCUAGGGUUUGUGCGCACAAGCUGACUCGCACACCACUGCUAAGAAAAAUCUGACAAUGCAUCGAAGCUACACCAAUUAGUCUUGUGCAUUAAUGGAGACAGUCCCUAAUGAAUUGAAGACAUCAAGCAAGAUUGGAGAUAGACCAACCAGUGAUGUUGUCGUAAGACUUAGAACACAGGAUGGCCGUGAUGAUUGGCUUUACUGUCAUUCACAUAUUCUCGUUGAAGAGAGUAAAUAUUUUGCUGAUCGGUUAUCAGAUAGUUGGCCGACAUGUCAGAUUCUGGAUUCACGCAAUUGUGUUGAGGUUUACUGUGAAGAACCUGAUCUGGACUCCCAUGUCAAUGUCCUUCGACUCUUUUAUGUCAUUGCGGAUGGCUUAAUGAUGGAAAUUUGCCAUGGUGUCAAGAAUGCACUUGGCAUUUUGCGAGUUGCUGUCAAACUUGGAUGCCCAAGAAUUAUUGCAGUAUGUGUGGAUUAUUUGGAAGCAGUCCCUUGGGAGGAAGCUGAAGAGGAGGAGAUAUUAAAUACUAUACCAAGCAUGGGAUCUAAGGUGGAACCAGUACUUGCUCGCCUCCAACCAGUCAAUCCUACUGCAGUAAUGAAGAUUUUUCUUGCAGCCCUUCAAUUUGCUACGUCAUCACCUCCUUCACCUUUGAAUGAUCUGAAAAACACUGCUCAAGAACAACUUGAAUACAUGCUUACCGAGGACGAUGAUGCUCCUUUACUGAGCGCUGAUGAAGAGAUAAAGCUAGAAGUCAUGCGAUGUGUCAAGAAGCUGCUUGAUAGAUUUAACAGCAUUGUAGAAUCUCUACUAUGUGACCUCCAAGAAUCGAUUUCAGAUUCUGGGAAAAUGCAAUCGUUGCAUUCUUGUUUGACAGAUUUGUUAUGGGCAUGUCAGAUAUUAGGAAAGUUGGAGAUUAUCAGAGAUUUUGUUUGCAGCUGGACGGAGUUGUCAAUGAAGCUAGUAACCAUCGUUCAACAAAAAGAUGGAGAAAAUCAAAUUCUGAAGACAAAGCUGAAGGUUCUUGAGGUGACUGCAAAAGUAUUAGAGGCAAUAGGCUAUGGCAUAGUUGUGUUACCUACAGUAAAACGACUUCACAUGGUGAAGCUCUGGCUUCCUUUUGUCCGGACGAUGAAGCCUUUAGUCGAUUCUGUCUCCGAGGAAACUGAGGAAGAUCUCACACUAAAAUUCGAUAGUGAGAUCUGGCAAUCUUUGGAAUCAGCAUUUGUUGCUAUUAUACUUACAUUGUCGUCAGUUGAUCAGACAGACAUUUUAACAGAGUGGUUGGAAAAUCAACAGAUUCGAUAUCCAGACCUCACCGAGGCAUUUGAAGUUUGGUGUUACAGGUCCAAGGUAGCUAAGCGAAGGCUGGCAACACUUGGGGAAGAACACAAUACAGCUAAGGCAGUAUGACUUCUCUCUUCUUUUGCCAAUUCUAGGAUUUAGCUAUCCUCCUUUACGCGUCACUGAUUAUAUGCUGAAAACUUUCUUUUAUUCUUUCGAGUUAUAACCUAGCUGAAUUGGUAAGACAUCUUAAAAUGGCCUAGCUUCUGUAAAGUGACCUCUAUUUUUGUUCCCCCUCCAUGUUUUCAUGCUUAUGGUUUUAUGAAGUAUAUCAAUCACUUUCAGCAAUAUGCUCGGAACUCGAAAAAACUGGAGUUUUGCCUUGAAACUGUAUACAAGUGAUGAUAACUUAUGUUCUUACA